GUCAUAAACCGAUUCUGAACCGAGAAGUCUACGUAAACUUAAAUUUUAUAAAAGUUUUAUAGAGUUAUUAUAAGCUAUUUAUACCUGUUUCUUCAAUUAUUUUUUUAAUUUCUUUUAGAAAUUGGAAGGUUUAAAGUCAUAAUGGAUCGUCUACUUCGUCUCGGUGGAGGAAUGACUGGAUUGUCGCAAGCACCGCCUCCUACUGAUGCGCCUGCUGUUGACACCGCCGAACAAGUCUACAUUUCCUCACUGGCUUUAUUGAAGAUGCUAAAACAUGGCCGUGCUGGAGUACCCAUGGAGGUCAUGGGUCUUAUGUUAGGAGAAUUUGUUGAUGAUUACACAGUUCGCGUAAUUGACGUGUUUGCCAUGCCACAGACUGGAACUGGAGUGUCUGUGGAGGCAGUAGAUCCUGUUUUUCAAGCGAAAAUGUUGGAUAUGUUAAAACAAACUGGUCGCCCAGAAAUGGUUGUGGGAUGGUAUCAUUCACAUCCUGGCUUUGGUUGCUGGUUAUCAGGAGUAGAUAUUAAUACUCAGCAGUCAUUUGAAGCACUCUCGGAACGUGCAGUAGCUGUUGUUGUUGACCCCAUACAGUCUGUGAAAGGCAAAGUGGUCAUUGAUGCAUUCCGUCUUAUCAAUCCAAACAUGAUGGUACUUGGGCAGGAGCCAAGACAAACCACCUCAAAUUUGGGACACCUGCAGAAACCCUCAGUACAAGCUCUUAUUCACGGCCUCAAUCGCCAUUACUACUCAAUUAGCAUAAAUUACAGAAAAAAUGAGUUGGAACAAAAAAUGUUGUUAAAUCUCCACAAAAAAUCAUGGAUGGAUGGUCUCACUUUAUUAGACUACAAAGAGCACUGUGCUGUCAAUGAGACUACUGUAACGGAGAUGUUGGAGCUAGCCAAAAACUAUAACAAAGCUUUGGAAGACGAAGAGAAGAUGACUCCUGAACAACUUGCUAUCAAGAAUGUUGGUAAACAGGAUCCCAAGAGGCAUUUAGAGGAGAAAGUUGAUGUACUUAUGUCAAACAAUAUUGUACAGAAUCUAGGAGCAAUGCUGGACACCAUGGUGUUCAAAUGAUAAUUGUGUGAGACUUGUUAAUAUAAAGUGCUAAGGUAAUAGCUAUUCUAUUUCAUACUGAAGGUUUCUCCUUGAUUGUAGUAGUGACGUGUACCAACAGGCGCGGUUGUGUGUGUAACUGUGAUUCGUUCGACUCGCGAUCGUGACUGAGCGCUCCCGAGGCCUACGCACACUAACACAAUGUGUAUGUGCACAGCACAACAACAACCAAAGUAAAACCUUCAUUGUGAAAUAAAAUAACUAUAAUACAUAUUUGAAGUGAAAAGUAAAUAAGUUCAGUCUCACUACUAAUCUUUAACUUAGACUAUUUUAUGUCAGUGUACAUUAUAGUGUAUUACUUAUGUAUUAAUAAAUUUCUCCUUUACAGGCCGCAAAAUAAAACAAUACAAUUUUAUU